GCCGACCAAGCAUGUUCACUGUGUUGGUGUGUUGACUUGAAUCCGCUGCACAGUUCAGGGGAGCAGCGCACAGAACCACACCACCACCAUGCCUGAGGGUCCAGAGCUACACUUGGCCAGUCUGUUUGUCAACAGGGUGUGUGGGGGGGUGGUCUUCACCGGCCCCGUACAGAGAUCAGAGGUCAGUAAGAACCCCGAGGUCUCCUUCUCCUGCCCGGCCUACACCAUCACCGCCACCUCCAGAGGCAAGGAGGUCUGCCUCACCCUCACCCCCAAGAAGAGUGACUCUGCCCUGGGGAGAUGCAGGCGGGUGAAGGCAGGGCAGGCCAACCAGGGCCAGAACAUGGACAUCUUCUUCCGUUUCGGGAUGUCUGGAUUCUUCCGUUUCACCACGGAAGCGACGCUUCCUAAACACGCCCACCUGCGGUUCUACACCAAUGAGAAGCCCUGUAGGGUUCUGAGCUUUGUGGAUGCACGCCGCUUUGGCAGCUGGCAACCCAACGGGACCUGGCAACCCAACCGAGGGCCCUGUAUCAUGUUUGAGUACCAGAGCUACAGGGAGAAUGUCCUGUCCCACCUGUCCGACAGAGCGUUCGACCGGCCCAUCUGUGAGGUUCUGUUGAACCAGAAGUACUUUAACGGCAUUGGCAACUACCUGAGAGCAGAGAUACUCUUCAGAUUAAACAUUCCUCCCUUUGUGAAGGCUCGGACGGUUCUGGAAGGACUUCAAACACAUCUGUCGGAAGAGGACCAGAAGUCAGCUGUUAAAGUGGAGACCACAGACACCGAGGUCAAAGAGGAGGUCACAGACACCGAGGUCAAAGAGGAGGUCACAGACACAGAAGUCUCAGACAGAGCUGCUGUGAAGGUGGUGAAGGUUGAGAGUGAGACUCCUGAUCUGCUCAGUCUCUGUCACACAGUACCUCUGGAGGUCAUCAAGUUAGGUGGUAAAGGUUAUGACCCAGAGAAUAAGGACUACUCUGCCUUUAAGUCGUGGCUCCAGUGUUACUAUGUGGACGGGAUGAGAUCUAUACGAGAUCACAACGGCAGGACUGUGUGGUUCAAGGGAGACCCAGGUCCCAUGGCUCCUAAAGAUUCCAAAUCUCCCAAAGCAAAGAUGACCGUGAAGAAAGAGGAUGACCAUGAUUAUACAGGAAAGAAAAAGGUAAAGAAGGCCUGCGAUGAGAGCGCAGUGAAGCCAAAAGACGGCAAAAAAGAAACCGUCAAAAAGGAAACGGUGCAGAAAAAGGUGACGAAAGAAAAGGAAGUCCCUCAGAGGCGGGCAGGAAGGAGGAAGUCUGCCCAGGAAGUGAAAGCAAACACGCCUCAGCAGAAGAAGAGAACAGCUGCUGCUGGACCACGCAGGAAGACCACCAGGACAGAGACCAGUGCUGCAGCCCCACAGACGCCGAGUGGGAGAGGGACCAGAAACAGUGCCAGACAGUAGAAGAAUAUUGUCCAUUUUCAUGCAGGAAACAGAAAUUACUAUUUUUUGUAGCUUUCAACCCAGAAAGCUGGAGGCGCAGAACUACUACAGAACGGGGCCAUUUUUAAUACUGUAUAAGAUACUUUUUCAAACAAACUGCCCAUGAUAUAUGAUCCAUGCAAGAGAAAUCCCCUUUUGUACCAUGUAAUAAACAACGUUUGAUAUCA